AUGGCAUCCAGCGUCAAUUGGAUGCUUCAGCCACAAGUAGACGGCGACUCAGGCGACGCCGGCAUCACCCAUGGUGAUUUGCAGUGUGGAAAUAUCCUACUAUGCGCGAAGAGUCUGGAUAGUGUGCCGGCGCACGAACUGGCGCAGGACAUGAAAGAAGGGAUCGGCAUCUCAGAGCCCAUCAAACGCUUAGACAGAAGGGAAGAUAGGUGGGCGCCGCGAUACCUUGCAAUGGCGCAGCCCCUCGCAAAAUAUGGCGAAUUUGGACCGAGCCUUAUUGCAAAGAUAUCAGAUUUCGGUGCCUCAUUUAUGUCCUUGGAUCAAGUAGAGGAACCCGUCACACCUGUUGCCCUUCGUGCACCGGAACUUGUGCUGGGACUUGCCUUUGACCAGAGCAUCGACAUCUGGUCUUUUGGCUACCUCCCCAGCGAACUCGUGACAGGAACUAUGGUGUUUGAGGUGGAUAGUUGUGGUGAGAAAACACCAGAGAACGAUGCACAAACCAAUGGCGUUCAUAUUAUGGAGUUUACCGACCGUUUAGGUGCUCCUCUAGAGUAUUUGCUUCAGAAGUGGCCGCGUAGGGAGAGAUAUUACGGCAAAGAUGGAACCCAGACCCGCUGGAGCGUGGAGCCAGGCGAGGACUUGGCGGAAAAACAUCCGGUAUGCCUCUUGGAGGACUUUAUACUCAAGGAGAGGUUCCCGGAUAUUUCGUAG